UGCUGAAUCCUCCGCUCUUCUCCAACGAGGCAGACGACUCUCACAAGCCCAGGCGACGCCUUCUCCUCCUCCCAGCCUCUCGUCUCUGAAGCGGGGUGUGUGUCUACAGUGUGGACCCUCCAGACAACUCUGGAAGCGCCUCAGAGCCCCUCAGCCCAAGGCUAGAGAGAGCCCAGAGACCCUUCUGCCUCCUCUUCCUCUGACCCCCAGCCAGCUCCCCAAAAAUGAAAGGGAGAGGAAACCUUUGGUCAUGAUGCUCCUGAAGGUUGAGACCAGCCGAGAAGUUCAAGGAGAAGAAGAGCCAGCAGAUCUCUCAAGAGAAGAUCCAGAAAAGCUUUGCCUAAUUCCUCUCCCCCAAAGGAACUGAAGAAGGGUGGUCUUCUCCCAAUAGGAGUAGGAGGAGGGAAAGGACUCUGGAGGUUAGGCUGGAGUUCAGCCUCCUUGGUCCUCACCUUCUGCCUGGAGACUCCACUCUUUGGCAACCUUCUGCCUGGAGUCUCCACUCCUCCUUGGAAGUGGUCAUUGGCAACUUUCUGCCUGGAGUCUCUGCUCUUCCUUGGAAGUGGUCAUUGGCAACCUUCUGCCUGGAGACUUCCUUGGAGGUGGUCAUUGGAAACCUUCUGCCUGGAGACUUCCUUGGAGGUGGUCAUUGGCAACCUUCUGCCUAGAGAUUUCCUUGGAAGUGGCCAUUGGCAACCUUCUGUCUGAAGACUCCACUCUUCUUUGGAGGUAGUGAUUGGAAACUUCUGCCUGCAGUUUCCACUCUUCCUUGGAGGUGGUCAGGAGAAAGUCCCAGGAGCUUCAAGAGGUGGCUGUCUUCUCCUCUUCACUGCUCCUAAAAGUGGUCAUCCAUGGUUUGGGCACCAUCCCAGCCUUGGCUUGUCUGCCCAGCUGUCUGGAGGGAGCUGAUGGCUAUGGGAAGCCCAUUGGCAUCCCUGGCAGAGUGAGGAAGAGGCAAAAGAAAGAGAAGGAGUGAGAGAAGAGCCCAAACGUGGGGAAGUGUCGGAUAUACACCUCAAGAGGAAGCACUGAGGUAGCCCUUCUUCACAAUCCUUGUCUUAUGGCUUGAAGGCAGGUCCCAAACCUGGAGGGCUCUUCUUCAUGGAUUUCCCAAACAUCUCCUGGUAUGAUGAUGGCAGCUACGAGAACCGAAGCCUCAACGGGUCCAGCCCAGAACCAAAGCCUCCCCACCAGUACAACUACUACGCCAUGCUCCUCACCCUCCUCAUUUUUGUCAUCGUCUUUGGCAAUGUCCUGGUUUGCAUGGCAGUCUCCAGAGAGAAGGCCCUUCAGACAACGACCAACUACUUGAUUGUGAGCCUGGCGGUGGCCGACCUCCUCGUAGCAACUCUGGUGAUGCCUUGGGUGGUCUAUUUGGAGGUGGUUGGGGAAUGGCGAUUCAGUCGCAUCCACUGUGACAUCUUUGUAACUCUGGAUGUCAUGAUGUGCACCGCGAGCAUCCUCAACCUUUGCGCCAUCAGCAUUGACAGGUACACCGCCGUGGCAAUGCCGAUGCUUUAUAACACUCGCUACAGCUCCAAGCGUAGAGUCACCGUCAUGAUUGCGGUGGUGUGGGUCCUCUCUUUUGCCAUCUCCUGCCCCUUACUUUUUGGGCUCAACAACACAGAGAAGAAUGAGUGUAUCAUUGCCAAUCCUGCCUUUGUUGUGUAUUCCUCUAUCGUCUCCUUCUACGUUCCCUUCAUUGUCACCCUGCUGGUGUACGUGCAGAUAUACAUAGUGCUGCGGAAACGCAGGAAGCGGGUCAACACCAAACGCGUCGCUACCCACGUGGGCCCGGACUCUGACACUCAGGCCCCACUGAAGGACAAAUGCACUCAUCCAGAAGACGUCAGGCUCUGCACGCUCAUCCUGAAGACCAAUGGUAGCUUCCCGCUUCAUAAACGGAAAGUGGAGGCGGUGAACCAGAUGGAAGAAAUGGAAAUGGCCACCAGCACCAGUCCCCCGGAGAAGAGCAAACACAAGCCAUCUGUGCCAAGCAACAAUGAGCUGGCUGUGCCAGUCCCUUCCCACUUGUGUGCCAACAACUUAGCUCUGAGGUCUCCGGCGGACAGCCCACUGAAUGUCGAGAAGAAUGGGCAUACUACAGACAACCCCAAAACCGCCAAGAUCUUUGAAAUCCAGUCGAUGCCCAACGGCAAGACGAGGACGUCCCUCAAGACCAUGAGUAGGAGGAAGUUUUCGCAGCAGAAGGAAAAGAAAGCCACUCAGAUGCUUGCCAUUGUGCUUGGUGUCUUCAUCAUCUGUUGGCUCCCUUUCUUCAUCACCCACAUCCUGAACAUGCACUGCAAUUGCAACAUCCCCCAGGCCAUGUACAAUGCCUUCACGUGGCUCGGAUACGUCAACAGCGCCGUCAACCCCAUCAUCUACACCACCUUCAACAUUGAGUUCCGAAAGGCCUUCAUGAAGAUCCUCCAUUGCUAACUUCCUCUUGAAGACCAGGUGCUUGACUCGCAUGGUCAUACAAAGGGGUGGCCAUAUAUACGAAGAGACAUGCCUGCGGUAUCUGCAAACACACAGUGUUUAGAGUACCAUGUAUCUUUUCCGCCAGCAUUUCAAGCAGCCGAAGGCUGCCUCGUUCUCAAGGCGAUGCUUAGACUUCGAGAGAUGGUCACGAAAAGUGUUCAUUUCUGAUGCAACCUUUGCACUGUGCUUUUAACCAGAGAUGCAAGAGAAGGAAAAGAGAAACUAGGAAAUGUUCCCACAGUAACAUUUUGCUUGUGGUCGGCAAGACCUCCAGUGCAUUAAACACAACUUCUCGCUGAUCCCAACCAUGGGGCACACUGACUUACUCAUGUGUCGUUGUUACUGAUACAUUUCUCACCAAAGACGCCACCACUUUGUCUGCUUUGCAAUAGGAGACGUUACUACCCACCGAAAUAUUUUUUUUUAAUGCCAGCACUCCUAGGAAUCAUGUUCAUUGGAAAUGCUUUCAGGCUUUGGAAUGACCCUUUGGGUUUCUAGCAAACUGCCAAGACUUGGUGGGACCAUCUUCACAAAGGUUACCACCGGUCUGUCAUAUGAACUUAAGGGAGGAGAAUGUAAGAAAAUGGAAUCUCAGGGCAGCGUAUGAAAGAAAAUACUACAACGACUGUAUAAUACCAAUGUGUAUAUAUGGGGGGGAAACAGAAUGAACUGAGCAGAAACCCAAGCCA